AUGCAUCGCACUGCCAUCCAAUCUUCUGCGGCAUCGUCAUCCGGCAGCAGUUACCCGACGAUUCCAUCUGAUUAUUUUGGGGAUGGCAAUGAUCAAAGUCGUUACUCCAAUGAUGAUACCGUCACAACCUUCUCUUCGUCGGAUAUUCGACACAACAAUCGUGUGCAACGAGAGCUUCAUCGAGCGAUUCGAGAUUCCAUUGUGGCCGAACGAAUUUUGGACCGACAGGCACGCAAAAAGUAUCCAUUGACACAGGAAGAAAAGGAAGAACAACGAUUGGCCAAACGGCAAUGGGAACUCAGCAAUGCAACUCUGAAGAAGAUUGCUGGAGAACAAGAAGCCCUAUUGCAAUUGGUAGCUAAGCAACGUAUAUCUGAAAUGUCUGAAAAGAAACGAAUGGAAAUGCACCCUCGGAUGCAACAAGCCUUGGCUGAAACCAUCACUAAGAAAACAGAAAGGGGAGGAUUGGUCCAGCAAGUCUUUAACGAGAAUACACCCGAUAUCGGUGAUUUUAUUCAACAACAAGAAGAUGCCCUUCAGACGGUACGCCGCAAGUUGCGACAUCAGCAACCGCCAGCCGAGGCAUGGGAAUGGGAACAGCCACGGCAGCAGCAUCACUAUCAUCUACAACGACAACAACAACAACAACAACAACAACAACAAGUGCAACAACCACGAUCACGAGAUCGUGUCGGUGCCUAUGUUGCUGCUGGGCGACAUCAGCAGUAUCCUCGUCAGAAUCAAAAGGUGGAACCAAACGAAGCUGAUUUGGCAGCCUUUGUAAGAUUGCAAGAUCGAGAAUAUCGAGCUGCUCAGCGGCGAACCUAUGAGCAACGACAACAAGAUCGAGAAUAUCGCCAACAGCACAAUCAGUCUCCUGCUAUGAGUUUUCCUAGUCAGAUGCCUUCGCCGCUGACACCAUCCGACGACGAUCGUCAUCAUAGAUCAAGAACAACCGGAGGAGCGACAACUCCAGUGAGUCAAGAAUCCUACGGCCGAUAUGUCGAACGCCAAAAUCAAGAGCUACAAAAGAUUGCCCAAACCAAGUUGGGAGCAUCGCCCAAGAAUAUUCCAUUGGCAGCUUCCAAGCCAAUGUCGGUGGACAGCAAUCCUAGUCCAACCAACUCGGACCUUGAAGUGGCCAAUUUGUUUCGCAAUGGUGGUGGUUCCGUCAGUGGUGGAAGUGAAGCAUCCUUGGACGAUUUCGUUCAAGAACAACGCAUGGCCUUGGAAAGUUUUCGUCAGGUUUCAUCUAAAUCAUCUCAUGCUUCCAGUCGUACGUUGAAGCAACCACAGCAACCACCUUCAGUAGUACCGUCAAGGUUGGCAGUACCAGAUCUUCCAGGAGGAGGAGUUGCUGAAUCUUCACGAUUGAAGCAGGCACCAUUGGAAACAACCCGUCUUCAGCAGGCACCACCACACGGGAUGUUGAAGCAACCACCGCAGUCAUCCUUCUCUUCCAUGCAACCAAAGCCACCAAGAAGAUGUGAGAGUCCUUCGGUGGGCAACGGGAGUGUUGCAAACUCAAUCUCUGGAUCACAAGCCAAGGCACCCUUGCAACCAUCUCGGCCUGUCCGACGACGAAGUUCUUCCUCGUCCACAAAACCAAAACCCAUGGACUCGGAUGACGAAGUCUCCUUACCACCACCUCCUCGCAAAGUGUCACGCAAUCCGUUCAAUGGAUCCACCAGCAAUCGAUCGAGUUUGACGCAACGCAUGAAGAAACCAGCACCACCACUUCCCAUGACCUUUCAGAAACGCCCGAGUCCCCAAAAGAAGAUGAGUCCUCCACCACGUCUGGUCUAUGAAGAGGCGGCGCGGUCGGCCCAACAUCAUCCGCAAUACGACCAGCCCGAUCCACAGCAAAAAUCGAUGAUCCAGAACAACAACAGCCUUUCCACCAAAAAGGCACCACCUUCGGUAUAUUCGUACAAUCAGAACUAUCAAGAAGAUGGUAGCUCCUUGUCCAGGAGUAUUCCGUCGGCACCGCACUUGGUAGAUCUACACGAUAGCAAAGGAAACAUUCUGUCUCCCAACUAUUCAAUUGAUCACAGUUUGAGUUUGCCAAGUGCCAUGACGGAUAUCAAUAGUAUGAUGAUUCCAGAAAUGGACGAGCCUUCGGUCUACAGGGAUACUUAUGAGGACGACGACGAGUAUAUGGAAGAGGAAGUAAUUGAAUAUGAAGAAGAGGAGUACACAGAAGAAGAAGUGGAAGAAGGAGAUGUGAAUAUGAACAUCAUCCGGAGCAGUCUCGGUAUGAACGAUCAAAGCUGUUGUCUGCGUCACCCGAAUCAACUGAUAUGCGAAUACAGCCCCUCAUUUAGGUUCGAUCUGGUAAACACUUGUAAAGUGUGCUCUUCGGAGAGACAAGCGGGAUCUUCCCAGUCUACAUCGUCUCUCGGAGCUUCCAAGGAAAUGGCAAAGGUCAUUGGAGACAUCCAGCAGCUUCAGUCCAACAAGUCUCAGUGGCGACGAAAGACCAAUCUCAUGUACUACGGUGAUUCAUCCUACCAGUCUUCCACCCGAACCGACGUGGUGAACAAUACUGAUGGCAACAACAAGAAGGAUGCUAAUCUUGUGGUACCACUUUUGGAAAGCGAUUGGAAAAAUCAAGUCAUUCGCCGCGUGGACCAAAUUCAGAGUUGGGAAAAAGUAACAGCCUUGAAAUACAACCCACGCAGUGCCAGAUUCUUUCGAAUGCUGAAGAUGGGAGUUCCAAUGGGUGCAGUCCAAAUCGAAUGUGAGUUGGAGGGUUGUGAUCCUGCAAUCCUGCAAUUCGAUCCCGAGCGAACGGUUACGGAGCAGUUGGAGGAGCACUGCCCCAAUGAUCCAGACACGCAAGCGAAUCUGAUAUUGAAAUUUGACCAAGGGUCGUUGUUGGAGGAUUGCACUGCGGCAGAAGUUGUUGAUGUUAUCACAAAAGCGUUCGAAACAGAGUAUACCCGGACCGAAGAAAAGAAAGCACGCAAACGUAAGCGGCAGCCAAAUGUUCCUCCUACACUUCGAGAAUUAGAUUUCUUGCCCCAAGCCACUUCCGAAGAGAACAUUCGUCAACUGGAACAAGAAAAGGCCAGAGCAGACGAUGCCAGCAAGCGAAGGCGCAUUGAGGAGGAAGCAAGAGUGAGGGCUGAAGAAGAAUUGGAAAGUGCUCGACAAGCCGAGAAAGCAGCACGAGAGCAGGUCGAGGAGGAUGCCGAGGAGAUUAUUAUCUUAACGCAGGCACAGAUGCUAAUGCGAGAAAAGGCCGACGAUGCCAGUCGACGGAGAAGGGCUGAGAUGGACGCACGCCUGAAAGUGGAGGAGCAAAUGCAAAUGAUGAAAGAAGCAGAAUCGCAGAGGCGUCAAGAGCAAGAAGUCAUGGCCAAUGAGGUACAGCGCCUUCGAAAAGCAGAAGUCGAGGCUCGAUUGAAAGCUCAAGAUUCCAGUGUUCGAAGGCGUGCUGAAAUGGAAGAAAGAUUGAAAGCGGAAGAGGAGUUGCGACAACUUAGGGAAACAGGAAUCGCGCGAAAUGAAGAUGUUCAACAAACAGCUGAAGAGCUAACGCGUCUACGAGAAGCUGAAGCAACUGCACGGAAGAAAGCAGUGGAUUCCAGCAUUCGCCGACGUGCAGAAGUCGAUGCCAGACUCAAGGCAGAAGAAGAGUUGCAAAGGAUGAAGGAUUUGGACUUGAAACGAAAAACUGAUCUCGAGCGGAACGAUCGCGAGAUCAAACAGCUCAAGGAAGCAGAGGAAAAUGCUCGAAAGAAGGCGGAAGACUCAAGUAUUCGCCGGCGAGAGGAAGUAGAAGCAAGAAUCAAGGCCGAGGACGAACUGAAGAAGCUUGCCAACUUGGAAUCAAGAGCUCAGAAGGAACUUGGUGAUCUAGCAUCGGAAUUGAAACGAUUGCAGAAAGCCGAGUCCGAAGCCAGGGAAAAGGCUGUUGUGGCCAUCCAGAGCCGCCGCGAGGAGACCGAUACAAGGAAGAAACUUGAAGACGAGUUGGAGGAGAUCAAAAGGACUGAAGCUGAAUCGAAAGAAGCAGCUGAAAAGAACGCAAAGAAGCUGAAGAAGGAGAGGAGUGCAUUAAAGGAUCUAAAGAAGGAACACGAUCGCCGUCUUCAAGAGCUAGACACUGCGAAGAAAGAAGCUGAGGAACGAGCGCAGCGUUUGGAAGAAGAAAAAGCUUCGAUGGAGUCAAAGCUGAAAUCGGAGGCUUCAGAGCAUUCAGCAUCUAUCAGAGCAAGAGAAACAGAAGCACUUCGUCGACAUGAAGCAGAGGAGGCAACUCAAAUGAUGAUUGCGGAGCAAGCAAAGCAUUUGCAAGAAGAAAUUCAAAAAAGAGCCGGGGCAGAAGAAAGGGCUCUGGCACUGGAGCAAGAAAAGGAGUCUGUUGAAAAGCAGUUGGCGUUCCAGGAGGGAGCAAGACGGGCAAUCGAAGUUGAGGUUGCUCAGCUAAAAGCCAAGGAGCAAGAUCGUAUCCAAGCGGUCAAGAGAGCUCAGAAGAAGUUGGAGAGUGUGGAGAAAGAGAAGACCGCUGUUGCACAAAAGUUGAAAUUGGAAGUUGAAACGCGACAGAUUGCAGAAGGCGAGGUAGCCAAAUUAAAGGCUUUCCAAACUAAACGAGAGUCUGAAGGUCAGCAACGAGAAGAACAAGCAGUCGCGACCGCUCAGCGCCAAUUUGAGCUCGAAAGACUGCGACUGCAAGCUGAGUUGAAAAAGGAGGAGCAAGCAAGGCUUGAAGCUGAUUUUGCACGACAGGCAGCCGAGGAGGAAGUACGACGAAAGGGUGUACAGGAACUAAAGUCGAGAUCUGAAGCUACCGAGUCGCUGAAGCGGGAAAAGGAUGCCCGAUUAAAGGUGGAAAGCGAGGCGAAACGAUUGAAGAACGAAGCCAAAAUGGCAAGAGAGAUGAUUGCUGUUUCUGAGGCAGCAGAAGAGGAGAUACGAGAACGAUUGGAAAAGGAAAUCAAGGCAAAACUGGAAGUCGAAACAAAGCUGAAAGAUGAAGCCAAAGCCCGGAAGUACGCUGAAAGCAAUGCCGAACUACUGAAGGCCAGCGUUGCUGAAGAAAGCGCAAAUAGAUUGAAAGCUGAUGAAGAGAGCGGGAGAGAGCCACGAGUCGGAGUAGAAUCUGAUGACCAGUCGGGACCGAAAUCACCUUAUCCUGACUCUCUGCCGUAUUUGUCAUCACACUCAGAAACAAGUUGGGACGAAAUGGAAGUUGUGGAUUCGGCAAGCGAAGCAACCGAAGAUGAAAUGGAACUGGUUUCUGACGAAGAACAUGAAGUCAUCGAAGAAGAAAUUGUUAUGGUGGAAGAGAUUGUUGAUGACGACGCUGAUUUUGAUGACCUACAGGCCAGUCGUGUGGCCCAAGAAGAGUCAGUUGAGGGGGACGGUAGCAGUUCUCCCUCUCUGAGCGUAGAAAGUACGAAGCCACUGUCAGAUGCACGAUAUCGGCAGCAACUGAUAGAUGCAGAAUUCGACAGAAUCAUCAGGGACGCCGAAGAGCAUGAGUUAGAAGAGAAGAUCGAACCCGAAGCAGUGGAGGCUUUGAGGAUCGCUUCAAACAUUCUGCCAUACAGGAAGAAAUACUACAACAGCAGUGAGGAUAGAUUCAUUUUCUAUCCAUCAAUUCGGCGCCUCCUUAUUGAAUACACCUUGAUCGAGAAGGCGGAGCAGUACUACUAUGAAGAGGACGACGAGUUCCCAAUCGAGUACUCUGCAGCACUUCGUGCCAUCGCUUGUGAGUCGACUGGGGAUGACGACAGCGAAGACGAAGAGAUGGAGCAGUUUGGUGUCGACAUUUUGUUCCAAGGGGCUGCUAUGGCAGAACUGGUCUCUCCAUCGGAAGAUGCUGAAUUUGAAAUUGUCGCUGACGUUUCGGAUGUGUCAGAUGACGAAGAAAUGGCGGAGGAUAGUCCAUCGCCGCUAUCCCGUCAGGAAGAAGAGGCGAAUAAUUCAGAGCCCCCAAGACCCAGUCGGCCAUCGCCUGUCUUCAAGAAAAUCAAGGCUUGGAAAAAUCCAUUCGAAUAA